GACAGCACCAGAAGCUCGACUGCAACUUGGACGUAGAGAUGAUUCCUAAGCUCGGACUCUUAUCGCUGGGGCUGUUGCUGAUAGCCCUGCUUAAUGCGCAGCUAAUGCAGGCCCAGCCAGAACAUCGAUUACAUGGGGAUCAGUCGCAUAAUGGGGACGGCUGGGGCUAUUCACAGCCUCAAAGUAGACCUUAUGGGCAACACGAACACAGGCACCAUCAUGGACAUGGACAUGGGCACGGACAUAACCACAAUCAGUACUACGAUCGAUAUCCAGCCAGCUACCCAGGUGCUGCGCAGUUCGAGCCCGGUCAGGGUCCCAGCUUUGGAAGAGGCUCCUAUGGAGGAGGACAGCCCAGAGGUGGAUAUGCUGGGCAACCAGGCGCAGGGUUUGGGAACCCGAGACCUGGCGUAGAUUACGCUGCUCAGCCAGGCGGUGGUUCUGGACCUGGACCUGAUUACGGCUACCAGCAGCCGGAAGCUGGAUACGGAAGAGAAGGUCAAAGAGUUGAUUCAGGAUAUGGAGGUCAGUCAGGCGCUGGUUUCGGUGCUCAACCCAGGCCGGGUUACGGUGGAAACAAUCGGCAUUUCCAGCCGCGUCCAGGCCAACCCCAAGAGCCGAAUCAACCAGAGUAUGAAAGCGAGCAGAGAGGUCAACCCAUUCAGCCACGUCCUCAAACAGGCGACCAAGGCACAUUGGACUUCAACUACCAACAACCGGGUAAUGCUGGGAGCCCCUUGCAGCCACGUCCGCAACAGGGCGCGCACGACAAACCCGAAUUCAACUACCGACAACCUGGCAGCCCUGGAAAUCCCUUGCAGCCACGCCCAGAAGUGACAGAACCCGACAACGGACAAUCUAGCAAGCCAAUUCAACCGCGGCCCAUAGAUUCCAUAAAUGUCCAGCCCUCUCACGAUGCAGCCAAUUUCAAUCCCAUUCAACCACUUCCAGGACAAGGUCAACAGCCACAACCGACCCACAGGUCUAAUGCAGGAGAUCAGCAUCCCGGAGAUCAGUCAGUUGGCACCACCUUACAGCCUCGACCCGGAUCUGGUGGUGCCCUGUCCGACGCCGAGACUAAUCCACAAAGCACAGUGGACGACAAUAUUGCGUCCAUUUUCAAUACGAAUAAUUUUAUGACACCCUCACUGACCGAAGACAAGGGGUUGCACGGAUCUAGGAACCCUAAGUCCCAAGCUGAAGUUAAUCAACCGGAAUCCAUUGCAGGGCGCAACCUAUUCGAAACAAUGCCACAGUGCCCCGAAGGAACAGAGUUGAGAGGCGGACGCUGUCGCCAGAAGGCCUAGAAAUAAGUAAAGGCUUGAAUAGAAACAUCGCAACCUAGUUAAUCAAUCGGCUAAACAAUCUGACAAUCUGUUGCCUCGGUGGAAACAAUGUUGUAUUAAAUAUUUAAUAAACAAUAAUUUGAAAGCGAUUCGUACAAAAUGAAUUGAAAUUAAACAG